CACUUCCUUGGACACUCCUGUCUCACAGCCUGUAGACUGCACCUCUCUCUCAGAGAUCUAGUCCUCCACGUCCUCCUGCCCUCAUGAGACCUGCUCACUGAUCCCUGGCCAGGAGCUGACGGAGUCCACAGAUGCCCUCACUGCGUUCUCGAUUCCCUGUGGAGCUGGGCUGUGUUCCGGAUCCAGAAAGCCAGGUGGGCCGACUGCAUCGCCUGGCUGUGGCUGGGGGCGCAACCUGGGGCCUCACCCGACUCCUGCGGAGAGUUGUCCAGGUAGACGGUGAGAACUCGGCCGGACAGACGGCGCUCUUCCUCUCGGCACUACUGGGCCACAGCUCGGCCGUGCAGCUCCUGCUAGCCUCUGGUGCCAACCCCAACCAAAACUAUUCCCAUCUUCCCGGUGCCUCCAUGCUCAUCGCCAUCCUCUCACCCUCUCAAGGACUCCACUAUGUCCCCAACCGCUGCCUGGACGGCAGCACACCCAUGCAUGCGGGCGCCUUCUCGGGCUGUAGCCUGGUGCUCCUACACCUGCUGCAGGCAGGCGGUGACCUGCGUCUGCGUGACCAGCAGGGGCGCAGCCCUCGGGACUGGGUAGAACAAGGUGGUACCAAGCAGAGCUGGGAGAUGCUGGAACUGUUACAGCUGUGCCGGGCCCACAUGUCAGCCCUGGUGCACGGCAGUGAGUUGGCGCCCGCUGCCUCCCUGGGCCAGUGGCAGGCCAGCUCUGGACACAGCCUGUGUGGUGGUCUGCGGCUGGUGCAGGCGGACAGGGCAUGGAGACCGGAGCGGACCAGGAGACCCUCCCAUGUCCCUGCCUUAGGGUUUGGCCAGCUGAGCAGCCUGUGGCCACUGGGGCUGGUAACAGGCGUACCCCUCGCGGACCCCAAGGAGCUGCUACCAGCGCAGGGCGAGCCCGACCGCACCUACAGGAGCAGCUCCCACACCCUCAUGGCCAACCUCCUGUGGAGGGGCCACCCCGUGACUGUGCGGCAGCUGAAGGUGCCAGAAGCCCAGGCUGAUGUGCUGUUGGCUGACCUUCAACACUGCAGCGCCCUGCACCACCCCAGCCUGCUGCUGCUGAUGGCACUGUGUCCCUCGGAGGACCUGUCGGGGCUGUGCCUUCUCUUCGAACCUGUGUGGCUGGGCUCCCUGCAUGUGGUGCUACACCCCCGGGGCCCACGAGAAGGGGGGCCCCCCCACCUCGUGCCAGGCCUGCUGCCGGGCCACCUGCUGCUGCAGGUGCUGGAGGCCCUGCUGUUCCUGCAGGCCCGCUGGCGUGCUCACGGCGGCCUCAGCUCCCAUGCUGUGCAGCUGGUGCGGCCAGGCCUGGCCAAGGUGGGCGGCCUGGAGCAUGGGCGCCCGCUGCACCAAUGCUGGCUGCAGCCCAGGCCACGGCAGGGCUACCCCUGGGGAGGCCCAGGCCCAGGGCUGCCCCCGCCUCCUGAGCUGUACCCAUGGCUGCCGCUGGAGCUCAUCCGCGGUGACACGCCUGCGGCCACCUCAGACCUCUACAGCUUCUGCGUCCUGGCCCAGGAGGUCUUCACGGGAGAGCUGCCCUGGGCUGGAAGGAAAGGGCCUGAGGUGAAGGCUAAACUGGAGGCGGGUGAGAGCCCGGCCCUGGACCCCCUGGUGCCAGCCCCCUACCAGGCCCUGGUUCGGGCUGGGCUGGGCCUAGGGCCUGCUGACCGCUGUGGCAGCCUGCAGAGUACACGAUACCUGCUGCGGGAGGCCGUGGCCCAGGACUCCGCCUCUGAGGUCAUGGGCCACAGCACAGUCCAGAAGGGUGCCACCUGGGACUCGGGCAGCAGCUUGACUCUAGGCAGCAGCCCAAGUCCCCGCCCUGGCCUCUGCCCAGGGCACAGCCCCACAGCCAGGGUCAGCCUGGACCGCAGCCUGGAGCCCAGAUCAACAGGCCCCGCCCUGCAUGCCAGCCUUCAGGACUCAGCCUCCCUGCUGGGGACUCAGAGCUCUGAGGAGCAGUUUGAGAGGAAGUUCUCAGCCAAGAUCCAAGCCCUGCGGGGGCUGCGGCAGCACACACACAGGGCUGCCCUGCUGGACCCCCAGCCCCGUGAGCCCAGCCCCUGCCUGCUGACCCACAGGGAGGCUUCCCACGCCCUGGAGGCUGCUGGCAGGGAAGGCCACGAGGGCAGGUACCCAGCCCUGAGCUGAUCAGAGGAAGUCGCUUCUCCAGCCUGCAGAAGAUGGAUCUGCUGGAGGAGAUCAUAGCAGAGCUGCAAGGUGGAUGCCAACUUGAAGACGGGCCCAGGCUCAAUCCCACUCCUGACACACAUUGUUAGGGCACCCAUGGCCCCUCAUCUGCAGAUGUCACCCCUGGGAACCUCCCAGGAGUGACUCCCCACUUAGCCCCUGCUGAAAUGAUAAAAUGAGAAAGCAA